CCCGGCACGAUGCUCCCCAAUUUCAAAUCCCCUCCACCUUUCCUCCACACCACCAAACGGAUUCAUUGACUUUGCCCCCCACACCACCCGACUUCUUCCAUCGAGUCGCUCGGCCGGGAAGAUGAAACGAGACUUGGCCACGCCCCCUAAAAAUCGACAGGAGGGAAUAAGUCUAGAUGUGAUGUACAAGGCGUUGGAACAGCUGAGAAUGAUACUCAUUAACGACGUGCAGAAGAAACUGGUCGAGAGAUAUGCCUACAGAGCACUGGAGAACUACUGGAAAAAGAUGGAAAAUAGGAAGCAAGAGCAGAAGACGGAGGGAGAGGAGAAGCUGCCGUACCACGUGGCACCUUACAGGCCGGGGCUGAAGGAGGAAGACGGAGGGAGGAAGGAGAGGGGCGGAGAGGAUGAAGCGACAAAAGAGGAAGAGGAGGAAGAGGCUGAGAAUAUACCGACUCCGAGGAAACGACUGAUGAAUUUCAAGAUCCCGAUCGUCAACCGGAGAGACUCGAGAAGAGACCAGAGUGCCUCCGUAGUGACACGUCGCAGACUGUUCAGUGACGAAGAAGAGCCCAGAGAGAGGAGCGGUCGGAAAGGAAAUCGCUUGAUGCCUGCCGCGUCUCGGAGGGCGUCGUACAUGGAGAUGACAUCGGACAUUAGCAGCGAAGAACUGAGCGAGGAGGACGAAGAGGAGGAGGAGGAGGAGGAGGAGGAGAGGGAGUGA